GCGGCAGAAUAAUGACCGAACAGCUUUUAGAUGUGGCGGUCAAAGUCACAGCGGCAGAAAGCAAAGCAAAGCUCACGUCCCUUGUCAAUUUCUUCCGCAUAGAAUUGAAGAAUUAAAACAGCCCCAUUACAGAUCAGCAGACAGGAGCCGGUAACCCGCACUGUGGUCUCCCCGGGGCAAGGUGGUGAUUAUGCGGCCAGGACGGCGUCUGUAACGCGGCUUUAACAGAUCUCAGUCCAGGCUUUGGUGGUGCAUUCCUUGGAGUGUGUCCGUUCCAUACUUCCUGCUACGAUGGAGGUCAGCGGAGCCCCCGGUGACGUCCUCCUCCAGUGUCCCUGGCUUCCUGUGACCAUCAGCGGCUGCCAGUUCCUCGCGAAGGUCUGGUUUGGAGACUCAGCAUAUCACAUCCUGCUGACUGACAUGGCCUGUGUGUGGGAGGAGAGGAUGGACUCAGCUGCCAUACAGAGCCGAGCACAGGAGCUGAACAGGCGUUUACGAGCCAAAGUCAGAGCUUUCUUUUCCCACCUGUGUGAGGUGGUUCAGCCCUGUCUGUCAGGAAGCGGGGAGCGAGCUGGUAGUGAGGCUCAGAUCUCCCUGACGCAUCAGGAGGACGGCAGCAUCAGCAUGAAGCUGAAGAGUGAGCUAGCAGGGCUGCCCUUCUACUGGGAGUUUCACUGCACCCCUGCCCCCGUCACACUGGUGUGUGUUCAGCUGGUGCGCCCCCUGCUGGCAAUGAGCCGCCUCUUGCAGCGGCAGGUGGAGCAGCUGGGAGGUCUGCUGGUGAAGAAGGACGCAGAGAUCCAGGACUACAGGGAGAACGGAGCCACGCUCAGCAGAGAGCGGCUGCAGACGGACGUGUUUGAGGAGCAGACCUACAGAGAGGACUUCAUGGCAAAGGCUCUUCCCCUGGUAUGCUCUGAGCAGCAGGAAACUCUGGGCUUUGACACCGACCUGCAGCACCUGUACGCCUCCAUCGCCGCUCACGGAAACACACACGCACAGAAACGCAAACUGUCACAGGAGGGCCCUGUGGAGGAGUCCCAGCCUGCCACCGAGGACCCUGACCUCACUCCAUCUUUAGGUGAUGGAUCUGUGAGUCGUCAAACAGCUGAGAGGGACAGAGGACAGAGCCACAGCGGUCAGACAGAUGCAGCUGGAUCCACGAUGGCCGACAGAGCCGCGGCACCACAGUCUCUGUGUGUCACGUCUGACCCUGCGGAGCGACCGUCCUCCAAACCAAAGAAGAAGAAAGUCGUUGGACUGUUCAGAUAAGCCCAAGCAGCAGGACACACACACAAUUGAGAACUUCAUUAGAAAAAGUACUCUUUUUAUUAACUCGGAGAAAAACAGAAAGCGAGUGUCUGCCUUUAAAACUAUUUAACUUCAAACUUCUACUCUGACAAAGGACGCUUUAGUAGUUUGAGAAACUUUAGGUUUUAAUUUAGUUUAGAUUUGAUCAUAUGAACUGCUUUUAGAUUAGACAUUUAAAUGAAAUAAAUAUUUUUUCGAUUUUAAAUCAUUUUGUGAUCUGCGACGUGAGGCUUGGUUUUAGCUCUGUAUUAAAAUUUUCCACUUAUGUGAUUGCUAUCACACUUGCUGCGUUUUGGUCACAAUAUUAAAAAUAUAGAUAUAAAUUUCUUUCUGCCUGAGCUCAGACAAACAGGGUGUAAUGGGUUUACAGCCAUGCUGAGGGACCAACUCAGACAUGCAGACAGUUUCUAAUCUGAUUUAUUUAGGAUUUCUUGCCUUUUCUAUAUUGUGAUGUAGUAAACUUUACGAAAAUUCAAUUAACAGACCUUUGAAGGGCAAAUGAACCCGAUGGGAUUAUGAAUUAAAUACCUGAUCUACGUUUCCUGUAAACACUGUAAACAAUAACAUCAGUACGAAUGAAAGGGAUUCUGGGAAAUGUAGGAAAGUCACUAAGAGCCACCAACUGAGACCGAAAAGCAGGUUCAAGGAAUGUAGCUUAUUUCAAUACUUCACUACAAAAUAAUACCGAGUGAGAGAUUUUUCUCUUGAGGUUGUUGUUUUUCCAAACUGGGGUCCUGGGGCCUCUCGGCGGUCCCUGAGGGUUGUUGCAGGUGUUCCCCAGCAGGUGAGGGCAGGCUGAACGUCCGUGUAAGGCCUCUGCAGGAUGACAGAACAGGUCUGGUUUAUGGUCAGAGGCUUGUUACUUCCUCACCUACAGCACAGACUGUUAUGUCACUCUGGAAAUGGUCUAAAAUUUUACAAGGGGGGGUGAGAACGUUUUUUUCAUGUGUUAGCGUGCGCACCUGCGCACCGGCUCAUGCGUCUAGACUCGAAGACAAGGGUUCAAAGGACAGAGUGAGCGCGCGCCAGCCCGGACAGUCUCGUGGCUCGGUGUUUGUCUGUCCUCUUGGCUAAAGCCCUAGCUGACAAUAAACAGAUGAAGGCGGCCGCGGGGCCUGUGCCACCCCGAUGGGAGGAGAGGACGGAGCAGAGGGCAGGUCCAGCAGGGCGCGGUCUUCUUCUUCUCCCGCGGCACCUCAUCUGUACUGUAGUAGGAUCUCUUCCAUUUCCAUUUCUGCCAACAGCCCUGUGCCACAGGGACGCAUUGAGAACAAACCCGAGAGGCAGAAACCGCUGCGGGGACACCCUUUGACCGCCGUGCCCAACAGCCUACGCACCGCGCGCCUCCGUGUCUGUCUGUAGCCCGUUUCUCACAGCUCCGACACAGAGAGACCGCUUUGAACCUGCCUGCCAAGAUAAACUCACCUCGCCUAUUUAUGCCCCUGCCUCUGCGUGCAAUCGGGACAGGGGAGUGUCAGCAGCGCAGAGGACAGGUUCAGCAGCUCGUCUCCACCGGCGCACUGGCCACUUUUACGCGCCGGGAAUGGCCACUUUUGGGGACUCGGGGAUGAGUCCUGCUCCGUUACCUCCACUCUAAAAUUAUCAAGGAGGAACUCACGGGAGGGGACACUUCAAAAGAAAUACAGCGGUGACAUUUUGGCCACCCGCUGGGGGGUGGGUUGACA